UUUGUUUACAUCCAUUUUUGUGAGAAAAAAGAAAUGGAUUAUUGUACAAAUUCCUUCAAUAUUCAAAACGAAACAACAAAUGAUAACAAUUUUGUAAACAAUUGCAUAUGCCGCUGUUGUCUUGCAACAAAUAUCGAACUUAAACCCAUAUUCAAUCCAAUUGGUAGUAUUCCACAAGUAAUUUUCUUAUUUACAGCCGUAAAAAUUGAAGACAAUGACAACCUUCCAAAAUCAAUCUGCACAACUUGUUUAAACCAUUUAAAUAAGUGCAUUGAAUUCAAGCAAAGAGUAGAAUCAUCCGAUUUUCUAUUGCGAAAGUUUUUAAUCAAUCCUCGUCAGAGUGCAUCAGGUCCUUUCCCUGAUCAUGAUUAUGCAAAGUCAAGUGAAAAUGCCUUACAAAUAUGCAUGGAAUUGAAUAAAGACAAUAUACUUGAUAAAUGUAAUGAUCAGAACCCGUCUUUGAGUAGAAAAGGAGAUUUUUCUUGCAAAGAAUAUGGACAAAAGUUCGAAGACAUAGCCAACUUGAACAAUCAUCAAAUUUGUCAUUUGCAGAGCCCCACUAAGCUCACAUUUACUUGUUCAACAUGUGAUGAAACAUUUUCCGUGAAGGAAGAUCUCUUCGUUCACAGCUCAUUACAUGACGAUUCCAAUGGAUUCAUAUGUAAAUCUUGCAACAAAAAUUUUCAGACUUUUUUCAAAUUGAAGCGUCAUAUUCCUUCACAUUUUCAAGAGAAACCAUUUAAAUGCGAAUUAUGUGAUAUGAGAUUUGUCGAAAAGGCAUCGCUAACUCGACAUUUUAGAGUACACACCGGGAUCAAGCCAAAAUCGAUGCAUUUCUGUAUGAUUUGCAAUAAAGACUUUCCCAAUCGAUAUACUCUCAAAGUUCAUAAUCGCUCACAUACUGGAGAACGUCCUUGGAAAUGUGAUGGUUGCGACAAACGAUUUUCUGAUUUUCGUCUCUUGAAUUCUCACAAAAGACUUCACGAUGAAACCAAACCCUUCGAAUGUAAAGAGUGCAACAAAAGUUUCCGACAUCGUUCGACUCUUGAGACUCAUAUAAAAGUCCACACUACCACCACCGAUCGUCCUUAUCGUUGUGACAAGUGUAAAAAAUCCUUCAAACAAUCCUGGCGUCUUCAGAUACACAAACGAAAAACACACAAUCGCAUUCAUAGUAGACGUUUUCUAUGCGAUCAAUGUAGCCAAAUGUUCACUUCUGCUUCUGCACUCGAAGAUCAUUUACAGUGGCAUAAUAAAAAAGUUGAAACUAAUAAUGAUGAUGAAGACGGUGCACCAAAAGAAGCACCAUCUGAGUUCUUUCAAUGCAAUGAGUGUUCAUUGCAAUUUUCAUCACGUUUAGAUCUAAUAACACAUCAGAAACUUACUCAUGCCCUUAGUCAUGAAUGUUUUACAUGCUUUGGCAAAUGGAAGACUCUGGAAGAGCUUGUGCGGCAUAAAUGUGGUGAAGGAUUGAAAGAUGAUUUUGAUGAUGAACAACCUUCAGCUGAUGAAAUGAUAUUAAUGCCCGAUGGUCAAGUACAAGAUUGUAAUACAAUUGUAAAUGCUUUGUUGGCUUCUGUAUCAGAGCAAUCCACAACAAAACCGAAUCAAAAAGAAGCCACUAGUAAAGUGGCAUAAUAAAAUUAGAUAAACAAUAAAUUAUUAUUAUUGGAAA